GCUAAAACAGGAACUUGGGUGCAGCUCUCCCUUUGCAGCAGAGGCGAGAGCCCGUGGAGUGAGGUUUCCUAUCCAAGAUGUGGAAGGCUUCCGCAGGGCACCAGGUGUCGGUGAAGGUGGAGUCGGAAGGAGAUGAUUGGGACACGGACCCUGAUUUUGUGAAUGACAUCACGGAGAAGGAGCAGAGAUGGGGGGCCAAAACCAUUGAAGGUUCCGGCCGCCCCCAGCAUAUUGACAUCCACCAGCUGAGGAGCAAAGUGUCCGAAGAACACCAAGUUCUCAAGAAGAAGGAGCUGGAGACAGGCCCCAAGGCGUCCUACGGCUAUGGGGGCAAGUUUGGAACCGAGAAGGACCGCAUGGACAAGAGUGCACUGGGCCAUGAGUAUGUCGCUGCGAUCGGGAUGCACUCCUCUCAGACAGAUGCGGCCAAGGGAUUCGGAGGGAAGUAUGGGGUGCAGAAGGACCGAGCCGACAAGUCAGCGCAUGGCUUCGACUACAAGGGCGAAGUGGAAAUGCACGCCUCACAGAAAGAUUAUGCGGUGGGCUUUGGUGGGAAGUACGGUGUGCAGAAGGACCGUCAGGACAAAUCUGCCCUGGGCUGGGCGCACAAAGAAGAGGUGGCCCCCCACGAGUCCCAGAAAGAUUAUGCGGUGGGCUUUGGUGGCAAGUAUGGCGUGCAGAAGGACCGUCAGGACAAAUCUGCCCUGGGCUGGGCACACAAAGAAGAGGUGGCCCCCCACGAGUCCCAAAAAGAUUAUGCGGUGGGCUUUGGUGGCAAGUACGGCGUGCAGAAGGACCGUCAGGACAAAUCUGCCCUGGGCUGGGCACACAAAGAGGAGGUGGCUCCCCACGAGAGUCCCAGACAGAUUAUGCAAAGGGCUUUGGAGGCCGCUAUGGGGUGCAGAAGGACAGAGUGGACAAGAGUGCUGCCGGUUUCAGUGAAAUGGAAGCCCCGACCUCCUCGUAUGAGAAGACCAAACCCGUGGAGGCUGCUUCUGGAGGUGCCAGCAGCCUGAAACAGCGCUUUGAGAACAUGGCCAAGUCAGCCGAUGAAGAGAACCGGAAGCGAGCAGAGGAGGAGCGAACACAUCGCCAGGCCCAAGAGCGGCGGGAGCGCCAGGCGGCUCAAAACCAGCA